GACGGUUGGUUGCCUCCAUCAUUAAAUGCACGUGUGUUAGCCUGUCGCACGGCACGUUCGAUUUUUGGCGCACAAAGGAUAAUAUUUUGGGGUGUUUUACGCGAUCAGAAUCGCCGAGAAAAAUCAUACGUGUGAUAAUUUACGAAGCGUCUCGUUAUCACGAGUUUCCGUGACGGAUUGGCGAACGAUAUCUGGUUUCUUUUGUCCACUGGAGGUGAAAGAGGAAGGCAAUGCCGUCCGACGCGAAGAAGAAACAGCAGCAAAAGAAGAAGGAGGCCGCGAAGGCGAGGCAGUCCGGGAAGAAACCGUCACAGAGUAACAAUCAGACGAAAAUUGCCGACGAUAAUAAGGAUCAGAAUCCGACGUUGGGAGAUUUGCAGAAUGGAACCAACGGCACGGCUAUUAGCGCCGAAGAGGCGUUAUGUCUGAAAUUGGAGGCAGAUGCCAGACUCAAUGCAGAAGCACGUUCGUGUACCGGAUCAUUGGCUUCGCAUCCGCGCAGUCGAGACAUAAAGAUAUCUAACUUUUCUAUUACUUUCCAUGGCUGUGAACUGCUGCAAGACACCAUGUUGGAAUUGAAUUGCGGCAGACGUUAUGGUUUAUUAGGUCUAAAUGGUUCUGGAAAAUCUACAUUGCUAGCAGUGCUAGGAAACCGUGAAGUUCCUAUCCCACAGCAAAUAGAUAUUUUUCAUUUGACUAGAGAAAUGCCUGCAAGCAAUAAAACAGCUCUGGAAUGUGUGAUGGAGGUUGACGAGGAGCGUAUACGAUUAGAGAAGCUUGCUGAAGAGUUAAUAGAUUGCAACGAAGAAGAUGCUCAGGUUUGGUACAAAUUAUUUACAUUGAUAUUUGCCAUAAUCUAAAAACUUUUAUCAAAAAAAAAAAAAAAAA